CAGAAGAGAAGAAUCAAGGCGUAAGGUGAUGCUGAAGUCAUCACCAAAGUCCAAGGCAGAGGAUGAAGUUGAGACUUCAGCAUUGGUUUCUAAGGGGACAGAUUUGGACGGGGAUAAAAGAAGGAAGCCUUGGUGUGAACACUGUAAAAAGUCGUGGCACACAAAGGACACAUGCUGGAAAUUACAUGGGAAACCAUCGAAUUUCAAGAAGAAAAAUGGAGGUGAUAGCAAGGUGUUGCAGACUGUGAAUGAGGAUUCUCAAAAGCAACAAACUGACUUUGAGACACCAGCCUUCACAAAGGAACAAUUAAGCCAACUGUACAAACUCUUUAAGUCUCCACAAUUUUCAGUCACUGAGCCAAAAAGCUUCACUCCUUUCUGUUCUUUUGCUAAAAAUGGAACUGACCACGGGGAGGAUGAUUGGAUGUGCUAGAGAAAAUGGGGGACUUUACUUCCUUGAAGAUGGAUCAGAUAUGACAACACCAAUCAAAAACACAUGUUACGGGUCUGUCUCUAUUACUAGUAAUAAAGAGAUUAUGUUAUGGCACUUUAGACUAGGACAUCCUAGUUUUUAUUACAUGAAAUACUUAUUUCCAGAUUUGUUUAAGAAUAAAGAUUCAUCUUCUUUUCAAUGUGAAAUCUGCGAAUUGGCUAAA